AUGAGUUUUAAAGGGUUCACAAAAGCUAUCACAAGAGCUCCCCAGAACUUCCGUCAGAAGUUCAAUAUGGGUGAGCAAACAGAAGAUCCAGUCUACGAAGAUGCUGAACGUCGUUUCAAAGAAUUAGAAGAUGAAACUAAGAAAUUGAGUGAGGAGUCCAAAAAAUACUCUGUUGCUGUCAAUGGGAUGUUAUCACAUCAGAUCGGUUUUGCUAAAGCUAUGGAAGAAAUAUUUAAGCCAAUUAGUGGUAAAAUGAGUGAUCCAAAUGCUACCGUUCCAGAAGAUAAUCCAGAUGGUAUUGAGGCAAGUGAACAAUAUAGAUCCAUAGUUGCUGAAUUGCAAGAAACUUUGAAACCUGAUUUGGCAUUGAUUGAAGAAAAAAUUGUUAAGCCAUGUCAAGAAUUAUUGAAAAUUAUUACUUAUAUUCGUAAAAUGUCUACAAAGAGAAACCACAAAAAGUUAGAUUUGGACAGACGUUUGAAUUCUGUUACUAAGCUUGAAAAUAAGAAAGAACAAACACCUAAGGAUGAAGAGAAAUUGUAUAAAGCUCAAGCUGAAAUGGAAGUGGCUCAACAAGAAUAUGAUUACUACAAUAACUUAAUGAAAGAUCAGCUACCUAUUCUAUUUAGUCUAGAAGCUCAAUUUGUGCAGCCAUUGUUUGUUUCCUUUUAUUACAUGCAAUUAAACAUUUUCUAUACAUUAUACAACAAAUUUCAAGAUAUGAAAAUCCCAUACUUCGACUUAAACUCAGAUAUCAUUGAAGCUUUCCAUUUUAAGAGAGGUAAUGUUGAAGAACAAGCAGACUCUCUUACUAUCACACAUUUCAAAAUUGGUUAUUCCAAAGCUAAGUUAGAAAUGACAAGAAAACGUUUUGGUGUCGAUAGUAACACUCCACCAGGUUCAGCCGGUACCACCGGUUAUGGCGCUGCCCCUGGUGCUGCCACUGCCGGCUAUGGUGCUGCUCCUGGUGCUGUUGGCUAUGGCGCCGCCCCUGGUGCUGCCACUGCCGGCUAUGGUGCUGCUCCUGGUGCUGCUCCUACUGCUGCCGCUGUUGGCUAUGGCGCCGUACCUGCCGCAGCUGGUUAUGGCGCUGCUGAUGCAAAGGCUCAAGAAGCUUAUGGUGCUGCCGGUGUUGCUCCUGCUGCUGCUCAAGGUUACCAAGCCGUUCCUCCAGCCUAUACUACCGCUCAAGCCGGUGAAUACUGCACAUCUUUAUACGAAUAUCAAGCACAAGCACAAGGAGAUUUAAGUUUCCCAGCUGGUGCUGUCAUCCAAAUUGUGCAACGUAGUGCAGAUGUUAAUGACUGGUGGACCGGUGUAUACAAUGGUCAACAAGGUGUCUUCCCAGGUAACUAUGUUCAACUAAACCAAUAG